GAGGUUGAUCUAAUUUAAUGCAGGAUGAAGUUUGAUCAAUAAUCCCGUGCUGUCCCAACUGGAAGUGCCUUAUUCAUAAUCAGUUACGAUACGUUCUCCAGAACCAUCUUUGGUGUAAGUCCAUGCAUUUUCCAACGUCCGAAUUUUUGCUGUACCAUCCAUCUUGCACCGUGAGACAACAAUAUACAUCUGGGAGGUUUUCAUGCUGUGUACAGGUUUUCUAUGAUCAAUUUCGUUUAAGGAAUUGAAUUUCAGGGUUGCAGAAAAUGGGGCAUGGCGUGGUACAGAGUGUUCUUCUCUUGUGGAUUUUUGGUAAAUCUCUUGCAGGUUUUCCAAACCAGAUAAACAUUGGGGGCCUUUUUGUGCGAUCUACGGUACAGGAGCACAGCGCUUUUCGAUUCGCCGUGCAGCUGUACAAUACCAAUCAAAAUGUUACUGAGAAACCUUUUCAAUUGAACUACAACGUAGAUAACCUCGAGUCCUCCAACAGCUUUUCUGUUACUCAUGCAUUCUGUUCCCAGUUCUCCAGAGGAGUGUAUGCCAUCUUUGGCUUCUAUGACAAGAAGUCCAUGAACACCCUGACUUCCUUCUGUGGAGCCCUCCACACCUCCUUCAUCACACCCAGCUACCCCAUUGAUGCUGACGUGCAGUUCGUUAUCCAGAUGCGGCCAACCCUUCAGGGCGCUGUCCUGAGUCUCCUUGCCCACUACAAGUGGGAGAAAUUUGUCUACCUCUAUGACACACAGAGAGGAUUUUCAAUACUUCAAGCCAUCAUGGAGUCAGCAGUGGCCAACAACUGGCAGGUGACUGCACGAUCAGUUGGGAGCAUCACAGACCCUCAAGAAUACAGGCGCAUCAUUGAGGAGAUGGACAGGAGGCAGGAGAAGCGAUUUCUGAUCGACUGUGAAGUGGAAAGGAUUAAUGCCAUUCUGGAACAGGUUGUGACCCUUGGGAAGAAUAGCCGGGGCUAUCACUACAUCCUUGCAAAUCUGGGCUUCUCAAAUGUGAGCCUUGACAAAGUCUUCCUUGGUGGAGCUAACAUCACCGGAUUUCAGAUUAUCAACCCUGAAAGUCCAAUUGUGCAGCAAUUUCUUCAACGCUGGGACCGGUUGGAUGAGAGGGAAUUCCCAGAAGCAAGAAACACACCAUUGAAGUACACGUCUGCACUGACCCAUGAUGCCAUCUUAGUGAUUACAGAGGCCUUUCGAUACCUGCGCAGGCAGAGAGUGGAUGUGUCACGAAGAGGCAGUGCUGGCGACUGCUUGGCUAACCCUGCCAUACCAUGGAGUCAAGGCAUUGACAUUGAAAGAGCACUCAAAAUGGUACGAGUACAAGGUAUGACUGGAAAUAUCCAGUUUGACACCUAUGGUCGAAGAUCUAACUACACUAUUGAUGUGUAUGAGAUGAAGCCAGGUGGGACACGAAAGAUUGGGUAUUGGAACGAAUAUGAAGGAUUUGUAUAUAUUAUGGAUCAGCAGGUCACCAACGGAUCAUCAACAGUGGAAAACCGAACAAUUGUGGUCACUACUAUUAUGGAAGCACCAUAUGUGAUGUACAAGAAAAACUACAUGCAUCUGGAGGGGAAUGAGAGAUAUGAAGGCUACUGUGUCGAUUUGGCUUCUGAAAUUGCAAAACAUGUGGGGAUAAAAUACAAACUAUCUAUUGUAACGGAUGGGAAGUAUGGUGCCAGGGACCCUGAGACCAAGACAUGGAAUGGGAUGGUGGGUGAACUUGUAUACGGGAGAGCUGAUAUAGCCGUUGCCCCUUUAACUAUAACGCUGGUUCGGGAAGAGGUGAUUGACUUUUCUAAGCCCUUUAUGAGCUUGGGGAUUUCUAUUAUGAUUAAGAAGCCUCAAAAGUCCAAACCUGGAGUGUUUUCUUUCCUGGACCCCUUGGCCUACGAAAUUUGGAUGUGUAUAGUGUUUGCCUAUAUUGGGGUCAGUGUGGUCCUCUUCCUGGUCAGUCGCUUCAGCCCCUAUGAGUGGCAUCUGGAUGACAAUGAUGAAGCUAAAGACCCACAGACUCCUCCGGACCCACCCAACGACUUUGGAAUUUUUAAUAGCCUGUGGUUCUCCCUGGGGGCCUUUAUGCAGCAAGGAUGCGAUAUUUCACCAAGGUCAUUGUCAGGCAGAAUUGUGGGAGGUGUGUGGUGGUUCUUCACACUCAUCAUCAUAUCUUCUUACACGGCAAACCUGGCUGCUUUCCUUACAGUGGAGAGGAUGGUCUCUCCUAUUGAGAGUGCAGAAGAUCUCGCCAAGCAAACAGAGAUUGCCUAUGGGACCUUGGACUCAGGCUCCACUAAAGAGUUUUUUAGACGUUCCAAAAUAGCAGUGUAUGAAAAAAUGUGGUCAUACAUGAAAUCUGCAGAACCCUCUGUGUUUGCCAAGACAACACCUGAUGGGGUUGCCCGGGUACGAAAGUCAAAGGGCAAGUUUGCCUUCCUACUUGAAUCCACCAUGAAUGAGUACAUUGAACAGCGGAAGCCAUGUGAUACGAUGAAAGUCGGCGGAAAUCUCGACUCAAAGGGUUAUGGCGUGGCGACCCCCAAGGGCUCAGCAUUAAGAAAUGCUGUUAACCUGGCAGUUUUAAAACUGAACGAGCAGGGCCUCUUGGACAAAUUGAAAAACAAAUGGUGGUACGACAAGGGAGAGUGCGGCAGCGGGGGAGGUGACUCUAAGGACAAGACAAGCGCUCUGAGCCUGAGCAAUGUAGCAGGAGUCUUCUAUAUUCUUGUUGGAGGGCUGGGCCUGGCAAUGACAGUGGCUUUGAUAGAGUUCUGUUACAAGUCACGGGCUGAAACCAAAAGACUGAAGCUUGAAAAGAAUGCACAAAACCUUAAGUCAGCUUCUCCAGCAAAUCCCCAGAAUUUUGCCACAUACCGAGAAGGCUACAAUGUCUAUGGAACAGAGACUGUUAAAAUCUAGAGGUACAUUCCACCACUAGACUUUGAAGCUCACUUUAUUUCUGUUGUUUGGUUACUUCAUUUAGCAUACCAGAUCCUGCUUUUGCAAUGUGAUAGUUAUGUGACAUUCAGUGUGUAAUCUACACUAUAUGGACAAAAGUAUUUGGCCACACCUGUUUUCAGGGUUUGGGCUAGGCCCC